AUGAAUCGAAACCCUUCUGAUCACUGGCGUGGUCCGCCCGGUCCUCCUCAGGGCGAAGCUUUUGCUGAUUUUCGAACCUUUGGCUUGUCCAUCGCAGAUCUGACACAAGGUCCUCCCAGUCAUCAGCCGCAGCAUCAAUACAACACCCAGCCGCCCCCGCAAUCGCAAUCUCACCCCACAGGCCCCUCAGGACAUCCACUCCCGCAGCACUCGCCUCAGUAUCUCAAUCGUGAAAGAGAACUGAGGGACCUCCGUGAGCGGGAGUUGCGUGAACAUGAAUUGAGGGAAAGAGAGAUUCGCGAACGUAACAACCUGGAGCUUCAUAGACAACAGGAAGAACUGAUGAUGAGAGAGCGCGAGGCACGCGAAAGAGAGCAGAUGGAACGCAUGCAUCGAGAACAGCAACAGCAACAGCAGCGUCCUUUACAAAGUCAUGCAGCUAUCCCACUGCAUCAACCAGUAGCUUCCAAAGUUCCAAAUUCCAUCCACGGCCCAAAUGGUCUCCUAGCAAAUGGUGGCGCGGGCGCUGUACAGUACAGUGGGCCUGCCUCAUCUACGGGCAAUUCCCUGUCUGGAGGACCCCCUCAACUCGAGCCUCAACGACAAUCUCAAUUCCUGCACCAACCACUUCCGGCACCUCCACAUCAGAGUGCGCAGCUCAUGCCUGGUCCCUCUCCAUCGCAGACGUCUGCUCAGCUGGCCCACCAGGGCCAGCAACCAAUUCUGAACGAUGCGUUGAGCUACCUCGACCAGGUCAAGAUGCGCUUUAGCGAACAUCCUGACGUAUACAAUAGAUUUUUGGACAUCAUGAAGGAUUUUAAGAGCCAGGCAAUUGACACACCUGGGGUGAUUGAGAGAGUCUCCAAUUUGUUCAAUGGCCAUCCGGCAUUAAUCCAAGGCUUCAACACAUUCCUCCCACCGGGAUAUAGAAUCGAAUGCGGAACUGACGAUAAUCCAGACGCUAUUAGAGUAACAACUCCGAGUGGUACCAUGACUCAAUCCCUGCAAGGUAGAGGCCGCGCGCUUUUUGAGCCAGCAGGAAUUGCUUCAUCAGCUCAACCACCAGCUAACCGACAGGAUCCCUUCGAGAGCCGACAUGGUUGGGGUCAAGCACUAGGGACUUCCCCAAGUGCAAGAUCUGCCGAGUUACCUGGUUACAAACCACCACUUUCCGACCGACCGAUAGAUGAGGUAGCAAGCGCGAUCAGUCAACAGGAGCAGCGUGGUGUCUCACAGCUGCAAAAUGCAGUUACUGCAGUUACCAAUGGCGCCACAAGACCUGCACUCGCCGGCUCUCCAGGUCCAGGUCAACAAGCUAACUUCACUGCUCAAGGUGCUUUAUUCGGCGGUAAUUCAGCUGGCUUGAAUGAAUUGAAACGCGGGGGGCCGGUUGAAUUCAAUCAUGCUAUCAGUUAUGUGAAUAAAAUUAAGAACCGUUUUGCACAACAGCCAGAAAUUUACAAACAGUUUUUGGAGAUCCUUCAGACUUAUCAACGUGAGUCAAAGCCAAUUGGGGACGUCUACUCUCAAGUCACUCAAUUGUUCCAUUCUGCACCCGAUCUACUGGAGGAUUUCAAGCAAUUUUUACCUGAAUCAGCUGCCCACGGCAAGGCACAAGCUGCACGCGCAAUGGCGCAAGAAGAGCAAACAAGUAAUGUUCGAGGAGAGUCAAGUUAUGCUGCAGCCGUGGUUCCUCAGGCUCAGACUCCACGCCCCGCCUCCAAAAUGCCACCUAUGGGACAAUUCGAUCCUCCGAGUACCAGCAAAGACAACAAGAAGCGCCGGGUUGCGCCCGGAACAGCUAUCACAUCUCAAAGCGCAGCUCAACCCGCUGGUGAGGCUUCAUUGACACAAUCAUCGAGGGCUGCUCCAAUUCAAGUUGGUAACGCAAGCAAGCGGGCGAAACUCACCAACCAACGUCAACCUCAAACUGAUGUCAUUGUCACGUCUCCAACGCUUGUUCCACACGCCCCAGAGCCUCUCCCUCCUUUCCCAAGCAUGCCUACGACUCAGGAGGAGCUUGGGUUCUUUGACCGAGCGAAGAAACACAUCAAUAAUCGCGCGAGCUAUACCGAAUUCCUGAAGCUUCUGAACCUCUAUUCUCAGGAUUUGAUUGAUAAGUACACCCUGACAGAUAGAGUCAUGUCCUUCAUCGGAGGCAAUCAGGAUCUUAUGUCUUUCUUCAGGAGUUUCCUUAAUAUCGAAGAGCAGGAGGAAGUGGUAGAGGCUCGUGCUCGACCUGAUCCUGGUCGAGUUAAUCUUGCCCACUGCCGUGCUCUUGGACCAAGUUAUCGUCAUCUUCCAAAGCGCGAUCAAAACAAGACCUGCAAAGGCCGAGAUGGGAUGUGCUACGAAGUUCUCAAUGACGUUUGGGCCUCCCACCCAACCUGGGCGUCGGAAGACUCAGGCUUUGUUGCACAUCGGAAGAAUCAGCACGAAGAAGCCCUGCAUAGAAUUGAGGAAGAACGUCAUGAUUACGACUUCCACAUUGAAUCAUGCCAACGCACCAUUCAGUUGAUGGAGCCCAUUGUGCAACAGAUUGGCGUGAUGAGCGAUGCUGACAGAGCCCAAUUUGUUCUCUCACCCUGUCUUGGUGGCGCCAGCGAAGCUAUCCCAAAGCGGAUCAUUAUGAAAGUUUAUGGUCGUGAUGUUGGUGCUAAAGUCCUCCAAGAACUCUUCUCACGACCCACAGCAGUUCUUCCAAUAGUCUUGGCUCGACUGAAACAGAAAUUGGAAGAAUGGAAACAAGUCCAGCGUGAAUGGGAGAAGGUCUGGCGAGAUCAGAUUCACAAGCAAUUCUGGAAGAGCCUUGAUCAUCAGGGCAUCAAUGCUAGGAACAUGGACAAAAAGAACUUCCAGCAGAAGACGCUCACCAGUGAGAUUCAGGCCAAGUACGAGGAAAGCAAGAAAAAUCGGGAGAACGGCGUCAUCACCGACAAAUUUCAACUCGAGUAUCACUUUCAAGACCUUGAUGUGAUUGCUGACGCAACCCGUUUGGUACUUGUAUCCUUGGAAUCAGAGCGCACCCAAUUCAAUGCUGGUGAACAGGAGAGAAUACGAGCCUGGUUCACAGACUUUGUGCCACGCUUCUUUGGCCUUGAUACUGAGAAAUUCCUUGAACAAAUGGACACCGAGGUCGCCAGAAACAGAGAGCAUGAUGAUGGUCCAGAUGGUCAUGAAAGUGACGCUCCAGCCCCUACCAAGGGCAAAUCAGGCCGAAAGUCCGACUGGCUUCGACGACAGGCACUAGAACGGCGUCAUGGCAAAGAAGAUAGCGUGGCCUCGGCAAGCAAAGAGUCCACGCCAAUGCCAGGAGCUACCAGUGAGGUUGAAAUGGAAGACGACACAACGAGUUCGGACGUGGCGGAUGGCCCUCAACAUCCCUGGAUUAAUAUUGCAAACAACGACCAUUCCGCACGACAUUUGGCGAUGGACGAAGCAUACGAGCAUACCACAUUCAACCUGUAUGCCAACGCCAACAUCUACUGCUUUUUCCGCCUAUUCGAAUCAAUGUACAGUCGACUCCUUGCGAUUAAACAAAACGAAGCAAACGUUCAAGAAGCAGUUUCACGAUAUCGUGGAACAAGUGGCCGGGUCAAGCCAGCUAUUGAACUGCGCAUGAUUGACAAAGGUCCUGAGUAUUUCUUCUACAGCGUCGAUGGCAAGCAGAGAUUCUACGGUCAAAUCUUGCAGAUGUGCGAAGAGGUCCUGACCGGCCAAGGCGAGUUAACACACCUUGAGGAGACAUUGAGAAGAUAUUACAACAAAACCGGAUGGCAACUAUACACUGUUGACAAGCUAGUGGGUGCCAUCUUACGAUUCAUCAUGAACAUUCUCGGUGGAGAUGCGAAGGACAAGAGCGUCGACAUCACCAACCUCUUCUUGAAAGACAGAGAACGUCCCGAUACCACACGAAAGCAAGAAAUCCAGUACAGAAAACAAGUUGAAAGAUUAUCCAAGGAUGGUGAAGUCUACCGUAUCAGCUACAUACCAAAAGAUCAAGUGUGCACAAUUCGCUUAUUCCCCUCUGAGGAUGCGACCUUCGACAGUGAUUCCAUGACCGCUGAAUCCCGCUGGCAAUACUAUGUCGCAUCUUACACCAUGACCGAUGCAACAGAGGGUGUAGAUCAAGGACGCGUGCGACCAUCGUAUCUACGACGUACCCUCGCUCCUCAAAAUGCCAACAUCGAGGCAGCAUACAAUGAGGUAUAUGGCAAUCUCGCACACUUUGACGAACAAACAGCUUUCAUCAGUCCAGAGACAUACAAGUUGCUUCUACACCACGACUUUGGCUUUAUACGACAUCACACCAACGGGGGCCCGGUGGUCAAACAGUAUGAGAUUGGCAAGGUUGAAGAGAAUGAGAGAUUCCGAGAAAAGUUUGUGCGCAACACAACGUGGAUGAAGGACCAGAGAGCUGAAGAUGUCGAACGUCGGAAAGCGACCUGGGAAAGGGGGCUCAAGGAUGGGCAUUACGACUUUGACGACCAGGCUUGA